UGAACCAAAUAUUACUAACUGUUUUGUUGUGUCAAAUCCCUUUUCUCUAUCGCGUUGAAUACCAAAAAGACCCCAACUCAGCUGCCUGCGCCAUUGUUAACUUUUUAGGGUUUGAGGUUUGUUACUCACAUAAUAUUAUUGUUAUCGCAUUCUUCAACUUCGCCUUCGUAAUUCGCCAUCGCACCAGAUUAGCGACCCAAAACAAAGCUCUAACUCUCACCACCGCCCAUAUUCAAAUUGGAAUGUCAUGGUGGUGACGCUUCGAUUUUGUGUUUUUUGCUGAGAAUUAUAAUACAUUGUUUCAUUUUCUGAAAGCGUGGGCGGAAAUAAAUAUAUUUGAUUACCCCACAAUGGAGAUUCAGACUUGUGGCAAAUCGAUUGAUUCUUUGCUAGAAAAAGUGCUUUGUAUGAACAUUCUUUCUUCUGAUUACUUCAAAGAGCUAUACCGAUUAAAGACAUACCAUGAGGUGAUAGAUGAAAUUUACAAUCAAGUUGAUCACGUGGAGCCUUGGAUGACGGGAAACUGUCGUGGUCCUUCAACAGCUUUCUGUCUUCUUUACAAGUUUUUUACUAUGAAACUCACCGUCAAACAAAUGCACGGCCUCUUAAAGCACACGGAUUCUCCUUACAUUAGAUGCAUUGGAUUCCUCUACUUGAGAUAUGCUGCAGAUCCAAAGACUUUGUGGAAUUGGUUUGAACCAUAUGUUAAAGACGAAGAGGAAUUCUCUCCUGGUUCAAAUGGACGAAUGACCACGAUGGGUGUAUACGUUCGUGAUUUGCUUCUUGGACAGUACUACUUUGAUACCCUUUUUCCCCGCAUCCCUGUUCCUGUAUUGCGCCAGAUUGUAGCUAAUCUAGAGAAGUUGAAGCUUCCCAGUAAACAUUCCGGUGUGACAGGGGAAACCACCCGUCAUGGAUCCGAUGAUACUGCUCGUCGGCCACCCUCUGUGAAAGCUGCACUCUCUGUCUCUUUUGGUCAGCGUGCUCCUCAUCGUGCUUCUACAAGGGACUCAUCGCCUGUUCGUCGAACCAUACAGCCACCCUCUUAUGAUAGAGCCAGCAGCGAUGAUCCGCGAAAAUCUCCCCGGAGCCGUCGUAGCCAGAGCCGUGAUUAUUCUGAUAGAGAGCAUUCAGAUAGGGAUAGGGAUAGGGAAAGAGAAAGGGACCGAGAUAGGGAUCGAGAAAGAGAACGGGACCGGGACCGGGAUCGAGAAAGGGAUAGGGACCAUGAUCGGGAUCGAGAGAGAUACAGGGAUAGGGGCAGAGACAGGGAUAGAGUCAGGGAUAGGGAUAGGGACCGGGAAAGGGACAGAGAGCGGAGUUAUGAUUAUGAUCGGAGGUCCAAAUAUGCAGAAAAAGAAAGCAGGAGGGACUAUGAGAGGAGCAGCCGCGAUGGUAGUAGGCAUUAUCAUAGUAGGAGUAGAAGUAGGAGCAGAAGCAGAAGUCGGAGCUUGCAAGCUGGCCUUGGAAACGAUGAUCGGCAUUCGAGUCCACAAAGAGACGGGAUCAAGGAGAAGACAUCUGUGUCUAAUAAUCUGGCAAAACUUAAGGAUCUCUAUGGUGAUUUAGGCAAUGAUAAAGGAGAUGCUAGCAUGGAAAGGAUUCCUAGGAGGGAUAAUAGUGGUGAAGAAGUUAUUAGACUUGGUGGUUCUUCUUGGAAAUAGUGCUUAGUGGUUCUCAUGCAAUUCCUGUGUCAUUGAAGUCUUUAAGCAGGAUAGCUCGUGUUUGGAUCAAGAAGCAAACACCUUAAUCACAUGAUCCUUUUUGUUCUUUAGCUCUCUGCCUCUCUCUACGUAGAUUGAUGGAUACUAUCCAUACUGGCUCAUUUAUUGCCCGUGUGCUGUUGCCGGGCUGCCUGUAUAUUAGAUGUUAUUCUGAAUUUUUUUUUUCUUGGUUGGGUAUUUUGUUACCAUCUAUUUAAUGCAUUGUUAUUGGAUAAUUGUUUCAGAGACAUCUGUGGAACAUGUAAUAUUAUAUCUAACACUGAUUAAAUGUUGAAGAAUACUUUUAACUGAA